GCGAUAGUUCGAUACCGAUAAGUCAGCUCUCGAAUUGCCACGGACUUGCAAGUUCUUUCGCGCAUUAUUUUUAACAAUUUUUUCGAAUAAUAGUAACAAUACACCUUGUGCAGUGAUCCAUAAAUCGUAGUAGGCUUACGGAGAACCUAAAAAACCACAGACCGGUCUAUUUCGUGUCUCUGAAUUGGAAUAAACAACGGCGAAAACGCCGGCAGGCGAGAGAGAAAAAAAGACAUGACGGUUGACGUGGGCGGCGUCGCCAGGGGCCUGCUCACAUGGGAGAAGCAGGAGCACCUAGUUAAACUGGCCAUUCUAAUUUUGGCGGCUGUUCUGUCAUUCGCCACGCGCCUAUUCUCCGUACUGCGAUUUGAGAGUGUUAUCCAUGAGUUCGAUCCGUACUUUAACUACCGCACCACUCGCUUCCUGGCCGAGCAGGGCUUUUACAAGUUCCACAAUUGGUUCGAUGACCGCGCCUGGUAUCCCCUGGGCCGCAUCAUUGGCGGCACCAUUUAUCCCGGACUGAUGGUAACCUCGGCGGCGCUAUACCGCCUCAUGUGGCUGCUUAAUGUGACCAUUGACAUACGGAAUGUGUGCGUCUUCCUGGCGCCCUUCUUCUCCUCGCUAACCACUCUGGUUACCUAUGCCCUUACCAAGGAGAUUCAUAGCACUGGCGCUGGACUGGUGGCCGCCGCUCUCAUCUCCAUUGUUCCUGGCUACAUCUCCCGAUCGGUGGCUGGAUCGUAUGACAAUGAGGGUAUCGCCAUCUUUUGCAUGCUCUUCACCUACUAUCUGUGGAUCAAGGCAGUGAAGACGGGCACCAUCUUUUGGUCAGCAAUGGCGGCAUUGGCCUACUUUUACAUGGUCUCUUCGUGGGGCGGCUAUGUGUUUCUAAUCAACCUCAUACCCUUGCACGUUGUAGCCCUCAUGAUAACGGGCAGAUUCUCGCACAGAAUUUAUAUUGCCUAUAGCACGCUCUAUUGCGUGGGUACGAUCCUGUCAAUGCAGAUUUCAUUUGUGGGAUUCCAGCCCAUACAGAGCUCGGAGCAUAUGCUGGCCUUGGGAGUUUUUGGUCUUUGCCAGAUUCACGCCUUUGUCGACUAUCUGCGCUCGCGCAUACCCAAAGAGCACUUUGAUCUGCUCUUCAAGACCCUGAUGUCCAGCCUACUCACUGUGGUGCUCGUUGUGGGCACUCUGCUGACCAUUACCGGCAAGGUAUCGCCUUGGACGGGUCGAUUUUAUUCACUGCUGGAUCCGUCCUAUGCCAAAAAUCACAUUCCAAUUAUUGCCUCUGUGUCGGAGCAUCAGCCGACCUCCUGGUCAUCCUUUUACUUUGAUCUUCAGAUCCUGGUGUUUCUCUUUCCCGCCGGCCUGUACUUUUGCUUCUCCAAGCUAACCGACUCGAAUAUAUUCAUUAUCUUGUACGGUGUCACCAGUAUAUACUUUGCCGGCGUUAUGGUGCGUCUCAUGCUGGUCCUUGCUCCCGUGAUGUGUGUCCUGUCCGGCAUUGCGGUAUCGCAUCUGUUGGCCAAAUAUAUCAAGAGUGUGGAUGCAGGCAGUUCGUCGUCAAAGCAUGGCGGCGUCGAGAGCAAGCGGCAGCACAAAAAGAUGGAACAACAGACGGGCGGUGUGAAGAGCGAGGUGGCCAUUGGAUUUGUGGGCAUUAUAACGCUGAUGCUUAUUGUCUAUACCCUGCACUGCACGUGGGUUACCUCGGAGGCGUACUCCUCGCCUAGUAUUGUGCUGAGCGCUCGAUCGCACGACGGCGGUCGGAUCAUCUUUGAUGACUUUCGCGAGGCCUACUACUGGCUACAGAUGAAUACACCGGAAGACGCUCGCAUCAUGUCCUGGUGGGAUUAUGGCUACCAAAUAACAGCCAUGGCCAAUCGCACUAUAUUGGUGGACAACAAUACUUGGAAUAAUACGCAUAUCUCACGCGUGGGUCAGGCCAUGGCCUCGUCGGAGGAGAAGGCCUAUGAGAUAAUGCGCGAACUGGAUGUGGAUUAUGUCCUGGUUAUCUUUGGCGGUCUCACUGGGUACUCCUCCGAUGAUAUCAACAAGUUCCUGUGGAUGGUACGCAUUGGCGGCAGCACGGAUCGCGGUGCCCAUAUUCGUGAAAAGGAUUAUUAUGCGGCGAACGGAGAGUUCCGUGUGGACAAGGAGGGCUCGCCCACGCUCCUCAAUUGCCUCAUGUACAAGAUGUGCUAUUAUCGCUUUGGCCAGAUGUACACGGAGGGUGGCAAGGCCCAGGGCUAUGAUCGGGUGCGUGCUGCGGAAAUUGGCAAUAAGGACUUUGAGCUGGAUGUCCUGGAGGAGGCCUAUACCACGGAGCAUUGGCUGGUGCGCAUCUACAAGGUCAAGGAUCUGCCAAAUCGAGGGGUCUAAAGGAUUUACGGAGUCGGAACAAACAUUCCUGUGUGGGUCGAGCCAUCUCUUUGAGAGCUGGAAGGAGAUAACCUACGAUUUUUCGAUGUCACAUCGAUCUUCUAUCUCUCUCCAUUCUAUGUUUGUACAUUAUAGUCCUCUGUCUCUCUCUCUCUCUCUCUCUCUCUCUCUCUAUCUCCAUCUCAUCUCUAUCUCUAUCUCUAUUUCGAAUCCUUUGGGAAUCUCUCUUGCUCACUGAGUAUUAAUUGUGGCUACUUGUAGCACACCUUUAGUUUUUGUACUUUUUUUUACUUUAAUAUAUUUCUCAAGUGGAAAGUGAAACAAGAACACAAAAUGUAAGCAAAUCGAACGAAAAAUAUAUAUAUAUAUAUGAAAAAACUGAUCAAAUUA